AUGAACACAUUCGUGAUUCCGGGUUUCGAGCCAGAGCCCAGUGAAGACAAUGACGAAGACCAGAAAGUAGCAGAGAAGUACUAUCUUGCCAUUGAUAAUAACAUGUCUGUCGUAUUGUCGAGUAUUCCAUUAGCUAUUGUUCCGGAGAAACAUAAUCCAACUUUCACCUUCAUCCAGCAAAUCACAGAAGAAGAACAUUCAGCACUAGGAAAUGAGAUUUUAGAAGAAAAAGUUGAUUUUGACGAGGACAAUUACAUACAUUGUGAUAUAUGCGAUCGUUUCUUCCGCGGAGCAUGUAAAGAUCAUCCUCUCUUCUUAGUUUCUGAUCGAUCCCCUAAGGAUAAGCACAAAUCAGUUGCUCCACAAACAAGUCCAAGUUUCGUAAAGAUUAACCCGUCAAAAAUUCCGAACGCUGGUUUGGGAGUUUUCGCAACUUCGGCUAUACCUAGGGGAAUCGUGUUUGGGCCAUAUAAGGGUCGAUUAAUCAAAGAUCCUAAAGAUGCCACUUCGGACGGAUAUUGCUGGGAGUUAACUACAAAGACGCAACACUGUUAUAUCGACGGAAGUGACGAAAAUUGUUCUAAUUGGAUGAGAUACAUCAAUCACAGCAUGCAUGAAGCUGAACAAAACGUUAUUGCUUUCCAAUACUUGGGAUGUGUGUACUAUCGAGUAUUCAGACCAAUCGAGAAAGAAGAAGAAAUACUUGUCUAUUACGGAGAAAGCUUUGCUAAUGCUCUGUUAACUGGUCAAGGAGGCGUUUGUUCAAUCCGUAAGCCAAAGAAGAAAGCGAAACUAACUAAGAAUAACCCGUUUAUUCGAAUGUAA